AUGGGCGCCCAAAGCUCGCGGCCGGUCGAGGCGGCGCCUGCGCCGCCCCGCCGCGAGUUCGACGAUCUAGUGAAAGAGGAACUGGCGCUGCAGGCAGCCGCUACGCCUGCAGAUGAAAUCCCUUCGUGCUUGACGCUCUUUGAUAAGUGGCUGUCGUGUUACGCGCUCGGCGUGCAGUUCCGCAACGCCUACCGCUACGGUACCAUUGCGGACUGUGCGCCGCGCCGCGAGGACUUCAAGUUUUGCUUGACGCUCCGGCAGCUGGAUCCCGAGAUGCGCCGGCACGAAUGGCUCUUGCGCCGGGCCGAGGAGCGCGCACACCAGCGCAAGGGCUUCCACACCUCGGAAGCGGUGUGGGAGAUGCGCCGCGACCCGCUGCUCGAUCCGCACUUUGUGGACGAAGCGUAUGUGCCGCCGCAAUAG